ACCAAUUCAAUUAGUCUAAGAUCCUUCUCAUCUAAGUCUGAGGGUUUACGUCUUUAUCAGAUAAAAUCUUCUCCGAAACCCCACCAGCGUCAAGCAUAUUUUGAAUCUUCCUUUGCGCGUCGGAAUUCUCACCACACCAUCGAUCAAAGUCUGCUUUACGACACCAGCAAAUGAGUUCCAUCGCACAUUCCUUCAACUCCGACUAGAUCUUCACGAAUUGGAUUAAUUUGCAGUAGUUUAAUUAUGGCUAGGGCUCAGGACAAUUGGGAGAGGCUGGUUCGCGCAGCGCUGCGGAGCGACCAGCGGGCCGGCCACGAGCGGACACCCAGCGGCAUCGCCGGCGCCGUACCUGACUCACUUCAACGGAGUACCAACAUCAAUGCGAUUUUGCAGGCUGCCGAUGAAAUUCAGUCGGAGGACCCCAAUGUUGCCAGAAUAUAUUGCCCUCCCCACGUGUACAAAUACACCGGGGUGGACUCUGUUUCCGAGAACAUGAACGCGGAGUUCGGGACGAGGCUGGAAAUCGUGUUUCAGGAUACCAACUUGCUGAAUCCGGAGAACCACCCGAUACAUGUGCACGGGCAUAACUUCUUCAUUGAUGCGAAGCAUAUUUUCUAUAUUUUUCCCCUUUGACUACACAUUUUUAUGUAAGUUAUGACUCAUAAAAUCGUGUUUUCAUCGAAGAUUAGGAUGUAGCUGGAGCUCAUUCAAACAUUCCAUCAAACACUUGGUGUGCUAUGUAAAAUAUAAGGACAAAAUUCUCUUUGAAGCAUUUCACCAAACAGUUGGCAUGCACUGCGUAAUAGUUCCAAAUUCAGCACAGCAGCAGUCAUCGCACUACCCAUCCGGGUCAACCCAGCAUCGUUUAACACCCGCCCGGGUCAGUUACAGAAUGCAUCGAAAAUCCAGAAGGGGUGGAAUUUCUAUCACCAGGGUCGGGUGAAUUUGUUGUUUAAAAAUCCACCCGGCCGGGUGGAUUAUUUCUAACUGCAGUGUCGGCAGUUUCAAAGGUAAAAAGAGGCGGUUGCUUUGGAGAAAGGUGGGCACGGUUUGGAGGAUGAAAUUGGACAAGUGAGGAGCACACACGUGCCAGUUCAGAGGGUGUUGAGGGGAGUUUAAUUGGAAAUUUUUAAAUGCCCAAAUGGGGACGUUUUUGCAGAGAGGAAAAAGGGGGAGAAGAAAGGAGAGAAAGAGAGGAGAAAGAAGAGAAGGAAGAAAUUCCGACGAUCCAUCUCCAUAUCUCCAUUCCACUCAACAAGAGCAAGCUUCCUACGGUUUUAAUUGUUAUUAUUACCAUGUGCUUAGGCUAAGCUCUUUAUGUUGCUCCAAGUUGUGAUUUAGACUUGUUUGAAUGUUUCUACACCUUUGAAUUCACGUUUUGACAUCGUUGAUGUGUUUAAUGUUAGAUUCUAUCA